GACUCAGAUAAUCAAAUACAUCAACUAAUUGUCCAAUGUUGUUGUCAGAGAUCAUGUUUCUGUCCCUAGAAAGUGGGAACUAAUGUCUGAAAAGGUAACAGGGGAUUAAUGGGCACGUUCCAGAGUUUCAGGAAAGCCUAUGGGGCGCUUAAGGACUCCACCAAGGUUGGCCUUGCCAAGGUUAAUAGCGAUUUCAAGGAUUUGGAUAUUGCCAUUGUCAAAGCUACCAAUCACGUUGAAUCUCCUCCUAAGGAACGUCAUGUUCGGAAAAUUUUCUCAGCAACAUCAGUGGUACGUCCAAGGGCAGAUGUUGCAUAUUGCAUCCAUGCAUUAUCAAAGAGAUUGUCCAAGACACGAAGUUGGAUUGUUGCCAUAAAGAUAUUGAUAGUCAUACAUAGGACAUUGAGAGAGGGUGAUCCUACAUUCAGAGAGGAGCUUCUAAACUACUCACAUAGAGGACACAUUCUCCAAAUAUCCAAUUUUAAAGAUGAUUCAAGUCCCCUCGCAUGGGAUUGCUCCGCGUGGGUUAGGACAUAUGCACUAUUUCUAGAGGAGCGACUUGAGUGCUUUAGGAUCUUAAAGUAUGACAUUGAGUCUGAAAGAUUGACAAAAGCAUCUCCUACAAUGAGUAAGGCACAUAGUAAAACACGGCUUUUAGGUAGCGAGGAGCUGUUGGAGCAGCUACCUGCAUUGCAGCAGCUUCUUUACCGCCUUGUUGGUUGUCAGCCUGAAGGAGCAGCAUAUAGCAAUUAUCUUAUUCAGUAUGCCUUGGCCUUGGUAUUGAAAGAGAGCUUUAAAAUAUAUUGCGCCAUCAAUGAUGGAAUUAUCAAUCUUGUAGAUGUGUUCUUUGAUAUGUCAAGAUAUGAUGCGGUUAAAGCCCUCAAUAUCUACAAAAGGGCUGGCCAUCAGGCUGAAAAUCUUGCUGAAUUUUAUGAAUACUGCAAAGGACUGGAUCUUGCCAGGAGCUUUCAGUUUCCAACAUUGAGACAGCCCCCUCCAUCAUUUCUUUCAACAAUGGAAGAAUAUAUUAAAGAAGCACCACAGGAUAGUUCUAUGAGAAACAGAUUGGAGUAUCCAGAGAGAGAAGAACAGCCUCCAACACACAAAGAAACCCAAGAACCUGAACCUGAAAAGAAAGAAGAGAAAGUGGAGGAAAGUGAACCCUUGGUUGAUACAGGAGAAGAAGCUCAGCCAGAGGAAUUUGAACCCUUGCCAUUGAUAUCAACCAACCAAACUGAGGAUUUUCUUGGUUUGAAUGAACUAAAUGCAAAGGCUGCUGAACUAAUGGAAAGCAAUUGCUUGGCUCUUGCAAUUGCUCCAUCUGGCAAUGAUCCAACAACAUAUCAUGGUUUGAAUGACAUUAGUGGUGCCGGAUGGGAGCUAGCACUUGUGACAACACCAAGCAACUCUAGCAGCCACGUUGUAGAAAGCAAAUUGGCUGGUGGCUUUGACAAGCUAUUGCUUGAUAGCCUGUAUGAAGAUGAAGCUGCUAGGAGGCAAAUACAGUUGACAAAUGCAGGGUAUGGAUAUGGGGGAGGAAUGGCUGUUCCAAAUCCAUUUGAACAACAAGUUGAUCCAUUUGCAAUGUCAAACAGCAUAGCACCCCCGACGAAUGUUCAGAUGGCCUUAUUAGCGCAGCAACAGGAGCAUUACCAACAACAACAAUACAUGAUGCAGCAACAACAACAGCAUCAGUCACCACAGCAGCAUUUGUUGAUGGGACCUUACCAACCUCAGUAUCCUCAGCAAUCCCUACAUCCUCAACAGAUGCAGCAGAUGGGUUCUGCUAAUCCAUUUGGAGAUCCAUUCCUCGCCCUCCCAUCUCCAGGUUCAAGGCCACAAUAUCAAGGCAACCAUACGCUACUCUGAGAGUUCAUAUAUUUUAUUAUCUUUUUUUAUAUAUAAUUUCAGUGUAAUUCUUUAAUUCUAUGGAGUAAAAGGAAAUCAUUUUAUUUGCUCUAAGAUCUGAUAUAUAAGCUUAUUCUUUGUUUACUUAGUAAAUAAUAAAUACAUUUUUCUUCU